AUGACGGCUGAAGAUAUAAGAAAAGCGGAUGAACUUGUCAUUAAACUCCAUCAAAAUCAGAAGAGCGAGUUGAUCGCAUCCAAAACGCAAAGGAAGUUGAAUAUAGUCAAGUACAAGAAUGGAAUUUGGAAAUGUUAUGGACGAUUGGGUGAAAGUCACAUUUCCGAAGAUGCAAAGAAUCCAACCGUUGUUACUCCAGACAGCGGUCUUGCUAGACUGAUAAUUCGAGAAGCGCAUGGGAAACUCCAUUGUGGGACAGCUCUUACAAAGGCCGAAAUACGGAAAAGUUUUGGAUUCCAAAACUACGGCAGCAGGUGA